AUGGCUUCCCUCCAGUUCUUCGAGCCUGCCGGCACCAUCCGCGCAACCACUGCCACAACAGCCCCUGGAUCUGCCGCUUCCGCAACAAGACUUCGUCUUGUUCCCACAGCCGAACAAGCCGCCCCGUCAACAUACCAACCGCUCGUCUCUCAGUCUCCGCGAGUCGCGAACGUCCUUCAGGCAACCGGGCGUCAGGCUACCUCUUCGGCUUUCACCAAACGGUUUAGCUCCCCUGCUCAGCUUGCGCACCAGCUUCCGGUGUACGCCUCGUCCGCUCCGUCUCCGUCUUCGUCUUUGAAUCUUCAGACGCAGAGUCGGCCCAUCCGCAUUUCCGUCCCUCUGUUCAAUCACGGUCCUACCAGCAGUGUUCCAGCAGCCAAGAUGAAUCUCGGAACAGACGUGGACCUGGACGACUUCCCCGCCUUCGAGGGCGGCGCCUCGACGACGGCGUUUUCCUCUCCUGCACUGCCCACGGUCUUGGACCUGGGCAGCAACACUUCCGGUUCGACCGCCAACGUCGGCACUGUCUCCCCUCAGGAUCUUUUGAUCCAUGACCCCAUCAUGUCGACGCCUAAUUCGACUACUCUGACUACCCUCACUUCUCCGUCUGUGUAUAACGAGUCGCCCGAGUUUGAUGUCUACGAUGUCUCACCAAGCUUUGGCUCGGCUGAUCUCGAUGUCGGUUCGGCGGAUGCCUGGUUCCCGCUCUUCCCGCAGGCCAACCCCGAGCCGCCGAAGCCGAAGCCGGUCAUCCUGGGUCUGGAUCCUGAGAAGGACGCCCAGACGCUUGGACAUCGUCGCAAGCCCUUGGCCUCCUCACCUCCCGGUCGUCACUCUGCGGUCGCCGGUGUGAGCUCCCGUCGUCGCGAUAAGCCCCUACCUCCUAUCAUUGUGGAGGAUCCCACUGACGUUGUCGCUAUGAAGAGAGCUCGCAACACUCUUGCUGCUCGCAAGUCUCGUGAGCGCAAGGCUCAGCGGCUGGAGCAGCUUGAGGCAGACAUUGUGAGGCUAACACAGGAGCGAGAUUACUGGAAGGCUCUUGCUUUGGCCCAUGGUGCGAAGGAGGAGUAA